AUGAGCAUUGGUAGUGGUGGCAGUGGUAGCGGCAGCGGUAGUGGCAGCGGUAGUGACAGUGGUAGUGGUGGCAGUGGUAGUGGCAGCGAUAGUGACAAUGGUAGUGGCAGCGGUAGUGACAGUGGUGAUAGUGGUGGCAGUGGUAGUGGCAGCGGUAGUGACAGUAGUAGUGGUGGCAGUGCAAAUACAAUGCAAAACUGA